AUGAAAGGAAAAAGAAUCAAUGUUGUUCCUGCUCCUGAACCAGGUGAUGUUUAAUGGAUAAACCUUUAAGUUUCUACAAAUUCUAAAAUUAUAAGAAGAAUUAUUACUCCUUUAGUUGUUUCGGCAUUAUUGGUCGGAUUAACAUUGCUUGUAAAUGAUGAACAAAAUAAUUAAUCUUAUAUAGCCUCUGGAGGUUUAGUACCAAGAGUAACUUCUAUUAUGAUAACGAAUGCAAUAGUUCCAAUAAUAAUGGAAUUUCCUUCAUGA